AUGGCAGAUCAAGAACUAUCUUUGUUGAACAAAGUGGAAUUGAAAAUAGCAUUAGCAGAAAGUGAUACUCAAUUGGAAAACUCAUUAAAACUUUACCUUUCACCAAUAUUAUUAAAACUUGCAAGUCCUCAUGCUGAAGUUCGAAAUUCAGUUUUAAAAAUCAUUCAACAUAUCAUACCUAGAAUUACAGCUGCAAGAAAUUUACAACUACCCAUUGACUCAUUGAUAAAACAGAUUCAGAAUCCAAAUGUUAAAGAAGGUCUAAAUUCGUCAUCAGUAAGGUUGUAUUCUGCAUUAUUUUUAUCAAGAGGAAUAGAUAGGAUAAAUGAUGAAGAAAAGAAGUCAUAUGUUCCAUCAAUUGUAGAUGGUAUUUCAAACUUACCACCUUCAAUUGCAUCAAGAAUGUUCAAUAUACUAUGUAAACUGUUAAACACUUGGAAAGCACCAGGAUAUAAAUCCGACGAUUAUAAAGAAUUAAGAACAAAAUUACAUUUGGAAAAGAAUGAAAAAUAUUUGGCUUUCAAAAUAAGUCAGUUCCUUUUAUUAACACUAGAUUUAUUAAACUCCCCUUCUUCUGGUUUAGGUCCAAUGGAUGUUAAGUUUUUUACUACAGAUGCUGGAGUCACAUUCAAAACCAAUACUGAAUUAAUUCAUUAUAAACUUAUACUUUUAGAAUUUUUAAAAUCUGGAUUUAGUGACGAACAAUUAGUAUUGCCCUUAUUAAUUGCUUCAGCAGACCCAUCAUCUUCAAUCAAUGAAUCAGAAAAGUUGUUUAAAAAGCUUGAAGUAGAUUUUGAAACUAUCCAACUAGAUGGUGAUAAAUCCUUUGUUGAUUAUUUAAUUAAUAUUUAUUCACAUAGUGGGAAUAGUACUUUUGACACAAAUCUCAAAUUAAAGAUUUUACAAGUAUUUUUAAAACUUGAAUCUAUAAGAUCUCACAGAGAAUUAACCAAUAUUGUAUCAAUUGCAUUGGAAUCUCCAUCCACAAAAUUAAGAAAAUUAGGAACGGAUCUCAUUAGUUUGGUAACGACCAAUAAAAGUAGCAAUUUACAAGAAUUUACAGAAAACAUUGCUAUCAAAUUAAGAUCAAGUCUUGGUGAUAAUACUACCGAAAAUUAUAGUCCAUCAAUAAUAGCUGAAAAACAAUCUAAAUAUGAGACUUUGGGAAACUUAUUACUUGCGUCACCUCAAAUUUUCAUUAACGAUUGGUCAUAUAUUACAUUCCUUCUUCAAGCAUUAGAAAAUGAAAAUGUGGAAGUCAAAGUGUCCAUUCAAAAUGUCUUAUCAAGUUUAACUGUACAUUUCAAUAAAUUAAGUGAGUCAAAUAAAAAUGAAUUAAUUGCAUCAGCUUGGAGUUCCACUAAUGCAAAUUCAAUGACAAAAUACGUUUUGACGAAAUAUAUCAAUUUGGCAUUCCCGUUUGAGAGUUCUGCUGCUAGGUUAUUGACAAUAAUUGGAACUGAUCAGAACAACCCACCUGAAAUUAUUGAAGAAUCAAAUAAGGGUUUGCAUCCAUAUUGGUUCAAAUUACUUAAAGAAAACAGUUCAACAGAGUUCAUUUUUACAAGUUCAGAUCAAGCUGUGAAAUUCCCAAAUUUUAUUGACUUCGUUAACAAGCUUUUGUUAGAAUUAGAGAAUUCUGAAUCUCCUGUUUGGAAAGUUUUGCCAAGAGCAAUUGAAUUUGCAGAACAAGUUUUAGUAAUGGAACCAUUAAAUAACAAGAAAACAGUCAUUGAAAUGGAUGAAAAUUGGUCAGUUAGAUUAGAAAAAGCUAUCGAGAUGAACGAAGAAGUCAAAGAAUUAGUAAUAUCGAAAUUGAAAAAUGAUCAAUCUAUUCAACCACAAGUUGUAAAGCUUUUAGAACUUUGUCUUGAUGGAUUAAUUGGUCAAUUCAAAGGUGCUAAUAUGAUGAAUCCAUUUUAUGCUAGAAUACUGGCAAAACUACUUUCAUUAUCAUCAAAUAACAUAGUAGAGCAACUAUUACCAAUACUUGAUGGGAUAGUCAGCUCAUUAGCCUCAGUUGACAAAAAUAAUUUAAUUGACAUUUGCAGGAUAAUUGGGAUAAUGGCUAGUCAUCCUUCAUAUAAUUCAAUUGCAAAUCUUUUACAAUCUACAAAUGAAACUGAAAAUGUUACAAUAGCACAAUGCUACAUUAUUUCUAGAAUAUUUGCUCGAAAUAUAGACACUACAUUAAUUUCAAAUGAAAGCGUAAAAGGCUUGUUGGAAAGGUUAGUAAAAAUCUCAAAUACUCAAUAUUCUUUAGCUUCUGAGGGUGUUUCGCAAUUGGCAAUGUAUGGAGUUUUGAAUAAAUUUGAAUCUCCCGAAAUUCGCUCCUUAGUUGAUGAAUUAAAGGCAAUUGCAAAAGCUAAGAUCAAAAAAUUUGAUGAAAAAUCUGUUCUGGAGUUAGGUUACUUAACACUAGUUGAUGAAAGAACAAAUGAUGAAUCAUUAACUGAUGAUGAACAAUCAAUAUUUGAAUUUCACAACUCAAAGGGAAUUGAAACAAUUUUUGCAUCUGCUGAAGCAUUUGUAAUAACUUCUGCUGGUUGGAAGUCAAAAUUAUUACAAAAAAAAUUAGAUAUACCUGAUGUCAAUAUUGCAAAUUUACCUCAAAGCACCAUAAGAUUACCAAUCAUAUUAGAUAAGAUAAUAUCAGCAUGUAAAGAUACAAAACCUUCACUAAAAAAAGCUGGUUGUAUUUGGGCACUUUCAAUGGUACAAACUUGUGGUCAUUUACCAGAAAUCAAAAGUAGAGCUACUGAUUUACAUUUUUGUUUUAUGAGAUUUUUAGCAGAUAAAGAUGAAUUAGUUCAAGAUUCUGCAUCUAGGGGAUUAGCAUUGAUUUACGAAUUAGGUGAUACUGAAUUACAGGAAUAUUUAGUUAAAUCAUUGCUCAAGUCUUUUACGCAAUCUGAUACAACUUCCAUAACUUCUGGUUCAGUUGAACAGGAUACUCAAUUAUUUGAACCUGACGUAUUAAGAACUAAUGAUGGAUCUGUAUCUACAUAUAAAGAUGUCCUUAAUUUAGCUCAAGAUGCUGGUGAUCCGAGUCUUGUUUAUAAAUUUAUGUCAUUAGCUAAAUCUUCUACUUUGUGGUCAUCCAGAAGAGGUAUUGCAUACGGAUUAGAAUCAAUUUUAUCACAAUCUUCAUUAGAUCAAUUAUUGUCAACAAACUCAAAUUUUGCCAAUAGAUUAUUUCCAAAAUUAUAUAGAUACAGAUAUGAUCCAUAUACAUCAGUUUCACAAUCAAUGGACUCAAUUUGGAAUGCAAUUGUUAAAGAUUCAUCAAAGACUAUUGCUGACAAUUUUACGUCAAUAUUAAAUGAAUUAUUAUCUGGUAUGGGUAAAAAGGAAUGGAGAGUAAGACAAGCAAGUGCAGCAGCAUUAACUGAUUUAUUACAAAUGGUGGAUAUUUCAAAAUAUGAAUAUCGAAUUGAAGAAAUUUGGAAUAUGAGUUUUAGAACUAUGGAUGAUAUUAAGGAAAGUGUACGUAAGGAAGGGUUGAGAUUAACUAAAAGUUUGUCGACUACUAUGACCAACACUUUAAAGAAAAGUUCAGGUUCAUCAAAUGAAGAUCUACUAGGUAAAUUAAUUGAAUUUUUAUUGGGCAACAAAGGGAUAUUAUCGGAUUCUCAAGAUAUAAAAGAUUUUUCAAUAGACACGUUAUUAAAACUUUGUAAAACUAAAACAAAAGCAUUAAAACCAUAUAUAUCAGUGUUGAUUGAAAAUUUUAUUGGACUUUUCUCAUCUUUGGAGCCAGAAGUUGUUAAUUAUUUGGCAUUAAAUGCUGGGAAAUAUAAUAUUGAUAAUAAUGAAUUUGAUUCCAAAAGAUUACAAAGUGUCGGAAAAUCUCCAUUAAUGGAUGCAAUAGAAUUUUUAUUAAGCCAAUUAGAUGAUGAAUCUAUUCCUCAAUUUAUUUCAAAAUUGGAGCAUUCAAUAAAGUAUAGUGUGGGUUUACCUUCAAAAGUCAGUGGCUCAAAAGUUUUGAUCUCCUUGGUGAUUGAUCAUAACCAACAAAUGCAACCAUACAGUUCAAAAUUAUUAGAAAUUGCAUCAAGUCAAAUUAAAAAUAGAAACGAUACAGUAGCUUCUUGUUAUGCAGCAGCAGCUGGAUAUGUCUGUCGAAUUGCAUCAGUUGAAGCUAUAAUAAAAUAUUCAGAAAAAAUUACUAAAUUAUAUUUCGAACCAAAAGAACCAGGUGAUGAAAGAUCAAGAAUUUUAGCAAGUAUAGCAAGUGAAUGUGUCUCAAAAUAUUCAGGGGAUAAAUUUAGUAUAGUCUCGUCAGCUUUUUUACCAUUAUCAUUUAUUGGAAAAUUUGAUAACUUAAAAUCAAUUUCUUCAAAUUUUGAUAAAGAAUGGACAGAACAUACGAGUGGUGAUUCGGCUAUAAAAUUAUAUUCAACUGAAAUUUUAGAACUUAUUGAACAUCAUAUAAAGUCAAAUGAUUUUAAUAUUAGAAUUACAUUAGCUAAAUCUUUAUCACAUUUAUGUAAGGCUUUUAAAGACUUACAACAUUUUUCACAACAAUCAAUUGAAAAAAUUACUAAUUUGUUAGUGGAAGCAAAUAAAGGUAAAUCUUGGGAAGGUAAAGAAUACGUAUUUGGAGCAUUAAUCGAUUUUGCAAUAUUAUCUAAAAAUCAUAUAUUAGAUUUACUUCCCCAAAUUGAAAAAACAAUCAUCACUGAAAUAAACAGAAGAAAUAAAAGGUAUCAAAGAUUAGCAAUUCAACAAGUAAGUAAAUUUAUAAAUCAAAUUCAUAAUGAUGAAGAUCUUAUAGAUGAGUACAUCAAAAUCAUGAGUGAAAUUUUGACUAGAGAUUUCAAAAUUAAAGAUGACGAUAGUGAUGAAGAAAUGGAAGAAACUUCGAAAAAUUCAACAAAGGAAAAAGAAGAAAAUGUCUUGAAAUUAUUGGAUAAUUUAACUGAUUCAUUUUAUGAUCCUGUUAAUUUCAAAUUGUUUAAAUUUAUUUUGGAAGAUUACAGAACCUUGUUCAGUUCUAGUAUAAAUAUUACAUGGAGGUCAAAAAUUGAAGUUUCAAAACUAUUUAGAAAAUUAUUGAAGUCGGUAAAAACUACUACAAUUGAAAUUGAAAAAGAAUUAAUGGAAAUUUGGACUGUUUUGAAAAAUAAUUGUUUGAAAACAGACUCCUUAGAAAACGUUAAAAUUGAAUUUAUAAGAUUAUCCAAGGAUUUAAUACCUCUUUUAAGUGAUCAAAGUAAGGACAUAAUACAAACAGACCUAACAAAUUUCUCAAAGCUGGAAAUGUCUAAUGUUGUAAAAGUAGAAAUAGAAAAGUAA